CCUUGUGGCCGAUCGGGCGGCGUCCUUCAGUUAAAAAACUUGCUAAAAAAUAUAUUUGUGCUAUUUUUACCAAAUAAUGUUUACUCUUUUACUAUUUGUCUUUAAUUAACAACUUUCAAUGUGACGUAUAUACUUAGCGUAGCGGCUUGGGAAGUCAGUUGAAAUCAAUUUGGUGAAGUGAAUAUGUGAAACUGUUCCUAUAGUGCGUAAAGUUAAAGACCAAGUGUAUAAUGGCCCCAAAGAAUUGUGCCAAAAUGUGGUCGGAAGAAUCAACGAACGUGCCGGGCCGACAACCCGAAAUAAAAAUAAUCAAAUCAGACGAUGAACCGCAACCAAAAGAAACCGCGUCGCAGAAAAACUGUUCAUGUAACCCCGAACAACUGCAAGUUCCUGGACCUGUUGAUUACAUUCAACCCGUGAAGUACGGGAGAUCGAUGUCGGUCUCCGUUUACAAUGUAAAAGUUCAGGGAAGAAAUCGCUCGCUGUCCACGGCGGACAUACCGAAACCGAGACAGAAAGCGAAAAGUGCCGCUUCGAAAUCCUAUACGGGCAAAUUGGAAAGGGAGGACGCCCAACCUUCCCCCUAUCUCAAAAUUUUGAACUACAUUAAGAAAUGGCGCAGUACGAAAAGCAAGGACGGGGGCAAAGUGACAACCGUAGUGGCCACACCUGGACAAGGUCCCGAUAGACCGCAAGAGGUUUCAUAUACAGAUACUAAAGUUAUAGGAAAUGGCAGCUUUGGUGUUGUGUACCAAGCGAAGUUGUCAGACACCGGGGAAAUGGUUGCAAUUAAAAAAGUUCUUCAAGAUAAGAGGUUCAAGAAUCGGGAACUUCAGAUCAUGAGAAAAUUAGAGCACUGUAACAUAGUUAAAUUAAAAUAUUUCUUUUAUUCUAGUGGCGAUAAGAAAGAUGAGGUGUACCUGAACUUGGUGCUAGAAUACAUCCCAGAAACGGUUUACAAGGUGGCAAGGCAUUAUAGUAAAUUGAAGCAAACUAUACCAAUCAGCUUUAUUAAGGUUAAGUUAUACAUGUAUCAAUUGUUUCGAUCACUGGCUUACAUACAUUCGUUAGGUAUUUGUCAUCGGGACAUCAAACCCCAAAAUUUACUUUUAGAUCCCGUAACGGGAGUAUUAAAACUGUGCGAUUUCGGAAGCGCUAAACAUUUAGUUAAAGGCGAACCGAACGUUUCGUAUAUAUGUAGUCGUUAUUAUAGAGCGCCCGAACUUAUAUUCGGAGCCAUAGAUUAUACGACUAAAAUCGACGUUUGGAGCGCCGGAUGUGUGUUAGCCGAACUGCUGCUCGGCCAACCGAUAUUUCCCGGAGAUUCCGGCGUCGAUCAACUAGUUGAAAUUAUUAAAGUCCUCGGUACUCCGACAAGGGAGCAAAUACGGGAGAUGAAUCCUAAUUAUACUGAAUUUAAAUUUCCUCAAAUCAAAUCCCAUCCGUGGCAGCAGAAAGUGAUCUGUCAACAGGUUUUCCGCGCGCGUACGCCGCCCGAGGCGAUCGAACUAGUCGCUCGUUUGCUGGAAUACACUCCUUCGUCGCGUAUCAGUCCGCUACAGGCCUGCGCGCAUCAAUUUUUUAACGAACUGAGAGAGCCGAACACCCUUCUGCCGAAUGGAAAUAAGCUACCUCCACUUUUUAACUUUACAGAGCAAGAGUUAAGCAUCCAACCUAACCUAAAUUCCAUUUUAAUGCCUCGGGGGAAUUCGGAAACUGCAAAUAGUCCACAGGACGGUGGCGCAUCAGGUACUGCAGAUACUAACGAAUCGCCGACGGCCCCAUCGCAAGGUACCGCAUCGGGUGUAGCAUAAAUAGUGUAAUAUCUUGCUUUAGGGUAAGUGGCUUUGUUCUUCUCCCUCGGAAGAAUGAAGUGCAUUUGACUUAUUUUAAAGCUAACAUUGUAUUUUAGUAAAAACGAUCUAUGUCAGAUUGUUAUUGGGACAGCUGUACUAUAGAUUAAUAUAUAGUGCAUUGUACAGAAUAUUUGUUUAUAGUUGGCAUUUAUAUAUAAUGCCUUGUUUUUAAAGUAUCAUUUUAAAUGUGCGAAUAAUUAUGUCAAAAAAUUAUCCUUCUUUUAAUUUUCAGUGUUGCAAAAUUUGGUCUCGAGUUAUGUAUAGGUAAUUUCUGUUAUUAUUAACACUAUAGUUUCUUUUUUGUUAUAUUUUAUCGCUAUAUAUUUUUAAAUUUUCAUUUUUAAUAUUUUACGAAUUCACAAACUACUUCUAAUUGACCACGUUUUUCGACACUGUAUAGUUUAUUCAACUGGUAAUUGUGUUAUCUUGUUAGUGCUGUCUAUUAUUUAUUUUAUAUAAUUUUAGACGGAAUAUAACUUAUUAAAUUAAGUCUUUUAUUGAUUGAUUUGCAAUCUUUUUAAUGCGACAUUAAAUUUUACGAUAAUUUUAUUUGACUUGUAAACAAUUUUUUUUUGCAAAUACAGACUUACCUGGCCCAAAGGGAAAAAAAGAUAGAUGAAUCCUAAACAGACAGACGUAACUCUGUUGAAUUUUAUUCAGUGUAUUUAAUUAGAUAGAAUAACUACCCUAUGUGUGAUUUGACACAAUAAAGUGAGUGUUUCAAUAACAUGGAACUUAACCUAAAAUACAGUUCGCUUGUGCUUUAGAAGCGGAGUGACAAAAAAA